AUGAUGAUAAGAAAGGAAGUCGAGAAGAGAUCGAGGGUUAGACCGGUGGCGUAUCAGAUGGCUCUACCACCACAUCUUUCGAACCUGUAUGACGUAUUUCACGUGUCACAGCUUCAGAAGUAUACUCUUGAUGCUAGCCAUGUGUUAGAACCUGGAUCGGUUCAGUUAAAGGAAGAUUUGACACUUCCGGUGAAUCCGGUCAAAAUUGGCGACACGAGUAUUAAACAGUUGCAUGGAAAAGAGGUUUCAUUAGUCAAAGUGGCAUGGAGUCGAUCCGUUGUUGAGGAGCACACCCGAGAACUUGAGCUGGAAAUGGGUACAGACUACCCUCACUUAUUUCCAGGCAACUGA